AUGGCUAUCACUGUCGGUAUUAACGGUUUCGGACGUAUUGGACGUCUCGUUCUGAGAGUCGCUCUUUCCAGAGCUGACAUCAAGGUUGUUGCUAUCAACGACCCAUUCAUUGCUCCAGAAUACGCUGCUUACAUGUUCAAGUACGACUCUACCCACAAGGCUUACAAGGGUGAGGUUUCUGCCAGCGGCAACAAGAUCAACAUUGACGGUAACGAAAUCACCGUUUUCCAAGAGAGAGACCCUGUCAACAUCCCAUGGGGUAAGGCUGGUGUCGACUACGUCAUUGAGUCCACCGGUGUUUUCACCACUUUGGAGGGUGCCCAAAAGCACAUCGACGCCGGUGCCAAGAAGGUCGUCAUCACUGCUCCAUCCAAGGAUGCUCCAAUGUUCGUUGUCGGUGUCAACGAGGAGAAAUACACUUCUGACUUGAACAUUGUCUCCAAUGCUUCUUGUACUACCAACUGUUUGGCUCCAUUGGCCAAGGUUGUCAACGACACUUUCGGAAUUGAGUCCGGUUUGAUGACCACCGUCCACUCCAUGACCGCCACUCAAAAGACCGUUGACGGUCCAUCCCACAAGGACUGGAGAGGUGGUAGAACCGCUUCUGGUAACAUCAUUCCAUCUUCCACUGGUGCUGCUAAGGCCGUCGGUAAGGUUAUUCCAGAAUUGAACGGUAAGCUGACCGGUUUGGCUUUCCGUGUCCCAACCGUCGAUGUCUCCGUUGUUGACUUGACCGUCAACUUGAAGAAGGAGACUACCUACGAGGAGAUCAAGUCUGUUAUCAAGGCUGCUUCCGAGGGUAAGCUCAAGGGUGUUUUGGGUUACACUGAAGAUGCCGUUGUCUCUUCUGACUUCUUGGGUGACGAGAGAUCCUCCAUCUUCGACGCUUCUGCCGGUAUUCAAUUGACUCCAUCUUUCGUCAAGCUGAUCUCUUGGUACGACAACGAGUACGGUUACUCCACCAGAGUCGUCGACUUGUUGCAACACGUUGCUAAGGCUUAA